AUGUCCCAAAAACUCAAAGAAAUUGAAAAACAAUUCAAUGGAUCAAAGAAGAAGAAGAUUAUUCCCAUUGAAGAUAUCCGAGAUGAGGAGGAGGAGGAGGAUGAAUGGGAAGAUAUUGAUGAGGAGGAGGAUGAAGAUGAGGAAUUCAACGUUCAUCCCGUUCAUGCCUACUCGCGUACAAAAACAUCCAAAGAAACAACCCUCCCUUCAGCGGAAGCCUCCAACAAGGUUCAACAAGCUCUCAAAGACAAUGAAGCCUUUAAAACUCUAUUCCAAAGUCGAGUUCAAGUCAAUGAAAAUUUCUGUCAUGAAGGGCAAGGACGUGAUAUCUACAGUAGCCAAUACGUGGUGCAAAUGAAAUUCGGAGGAGCAACAGAGAGCACUGCAUCGUUGGAAAUAUAUUUUGAAGGAGAUGUUACUUAUGAUCCGAUGGAGGAAGGCUCCACCGGUAAAUAUGUCAGAACAGUCACUGUUUAUAAAUCCAACACAAAAGUAUUGAGUGGAGAAUUGUUUAGAAACUUGGAGGAAGUUGAUUAUUGCUCAGGCUAUGGAGGAGUGAAGCUCACUUCCAACGUUAAGAAGCUCAAGGAUGUCUUGAAUAUUGAUUCAAAGAUGUUUCUCUCCUUGAUGGAUAUGAUUUGUAAGGCCAUUCCAGUGUUUCAUCAGGGUGAAAUGAAAUUUGUCAGUAAGAUUAUGAAACGUGUUAAUGAAUACGCGGCUGAGUGCAUUCAAGCACAACCCUCACAGAACAAGCAAUAA